CAAAGGACCUUGUGGUAAAAGCUCAGGUUUUAGCUGGUGGUAGAGGAAAAGGAACCUUUGAAGGUGGCCUCAAAGGCGGAGUGAAAAUAGUUUUUUCUCCAGAAGAAGCAAAAGAGAUUUCCUCCAAAAUGAUUGGAAAGAAGUUGUUUACCAAGCAGACAGGAGAAAAGGGCAGGAUAUGCAAUCAAGUAUUUAUCUGUGAGCGCAGAUAUCCCAGGAGAGAAUACUAUUUUGCAAUAACUAUGGAAAGGUCAUUUCAAGGUCCUGUACUUAUAGGCAGCUCUCAUGGUGGUGUUAACAUUGAAGAUGUUGCUGCAGAGACUCCUGAUGCGAUAAUUAAGGAACCCAUUGAUAUUGUGGAAGGCAUCAAAAAGGAACAAGCUGUCAGGUUGGCCCAGAAAAUGGGAUUUCCCCCUAACCUGGUGGAUGAAGCAGCAGAUAAUAUGAUCAAGAUAUAUAAUCUCUUUAUGAAAUAUGAUGCCACCAUGGUAGAAAUAAACCCUAUGGUAGAAGAUGCGUCAGGAGUUGUGAUGUGUAUGGACGCAAAGAUAAACUUUGAUAGCAAUGCGUUCUAUCGUCAGCAGAAAAUCUUUGAUAUGCAGGACUGGACACAGGAGGAUGAGAGAGACAAGGAUGCAGCUAAAGCAGACCUCAACUACAUAGGACUAGACGGAAACAUAGGGUGUUUAGUGAAUGGUGCUGGUUUGGCUAUGGCCACAAUGGAUAUAAUUAAACUUCAUGGAGGCACUCCAGCAAAUUUCCUUGAUGUUGGCGGUGGCGCUACAGUACAUCAAGUAACAGAAGCCUUUAAACUUAUUACUUCAGAUAAAAAGGUACUGGCUAUUCUGGUGAAUAUUUUUGGAGGCAUUAUGCGAUGUGAUGUUAUUGCACAAGGUAUCAUUAUGGCAGUAAAGGAUUUGGACCUAAAAAUACCUAUUGUUGUACGGUUACAAGGUACACGAGUUGAUGAUGCCAAAGCUUUAAUAACAGCUAGUGGUCUCAAAAUCCUUGCUUGUGAUGACUUGGAUGAAGCUGCUAAAAUGGUUGUGAAACUUUCAGAAAUAGUGACCUUAGCAAAGCAAGCUCAGGUGGAUGUUAAGUUUCAGUUGCCAAUCUGAUCUGAGUUGUCAUGGAAGUGUCUAAAGUGUUAUAGUCUCUGAAAUACUGUGUUCUGUGGAUUUUUUCCUCUUUUUUUUUUUUUU